AUAGAGUUGAGGGAAAGUAGUUUUUUUGUUGUUGUUAUUGACGGAAGAAUGGCGGUUGGUUUGAAAGAGAAGCAGCUUUCUCAAAGCAUUUAUAGCUCUUUACAGGAGCUCGAUUGCCCGUUAGUAGAAGGACUGUUUCUGAGAGAGGAUGAAAGCAUGCAAGAGUUGCUUUGCACACCUUCUUUGCAUCGCUUGGAUAUUUUGAAAUGGAUCUGCAUAAGCAUAUGUCCAUCACUGAAUAAAAAGUUGUCCACAUUUGGUUCAUCCCAGACAAAUUCACUGAUUGAAGAAAUGGCCAGAUUUGGUUAUGAGAUGUUGCUGUGUCAGCUGGAUGAUACAGAUUUGAUCAAGGGACUGGCUCCUCCUUUGCGUCAGCUAGUGUUCCUGGAACAGCUCCUCAGUUUAGUCACGGUUCCUGACCUGCAGAGACACUCAGGGAAUUCCUCUUCAUCCACCAGUGCGACAGUGUCUGUACCCGAAGACGUGAGCAAGAAUACAGACUUCCUCAGUGAUGUUCUUUCCAGUCCACAUCUGCCAGAACUGCUAAACCCCUCUUGUAAUCCCUGGCCUUCGGACAUUCGGGAGCUGCUCUUCAGGAGAGAGCCCUCUGGCAAAUCGAAUCGCCCUGUGUCCAACAAAACAAAGGAGGGUUCCCUGAAGGAAGUGUCUGCUCUGCUGCAGAAAACCAACUCCGUCCUCAGUGACAUUUACAAGGAGUGCACCUUUUUAAAAGCAGAGCAUCCCAACAGCAGUGGCAGCAAAGGCCCCAGCAUGUCUGGUCAGGCUUUGCAGGUAGCGCUGUCCGAUCUCUCCCAGCUGAUGUCGGCCUUCAGCCAGGUUUACGCCACAGAUUUCCGGGACUACUGCAACAGAGAGCCCCCACAGCUCAGCAGCAAUGCACACCUCUUCCUGUCUGUCCACCAGCUACUGCACACCUGCAAUAAGGAGCUGCAAGCUCUCCAUCAGGCCACAGACACAUCCAGGGCCGUGGUAAAGACUGUGGAGCAGCGACAGCAAGCACGACAGUUCUGGAGCAGAGGAGAAAUGCACUCCCUGCCUACAAAAUUAGAAGAGCUGAAGAAAAAGUAUGAAGAAUUUUUGUCACUACACCAGAGGUCAAAGGAUUGGGAGUAAUUUGAAAUCGCAAGCUAUCGGACUUGUGCUGCAAAUAAAAAUUUCAAUGACA